AUGGCAUUCAAUUUGACUGUACCACCAGCGACUAACCCUGCGCCAUUUGGCGUUAUUGGUUUAGCGCAAUAUUUAUCCACCCCAAAGAGUGACUCAAUUCCAUUCGAAUACACACAAAUCGAUGCAAAAACUGAUUUCAACGGCGAAGUCAAGUCUUUGUCUUUGAAGGAUAACCAAGGCACUGAAAUCACAGACGCUAACACUAUUCUUUCUGUUCUCGGUCGCGCUGGAAAUGUCGCAGGUCAAUCUGAAGACAAAGGUUUGGUAGAGGCAUACCAAUCAGACGCUCUCGCAUUGAGCAAGCAACCAUUCCCACAGCUUACGGAAUCACUCAACAAGCUUGAUGAUUUGCUCUACUUGUGCUCUUUCCUCGUCGGAUACGCACCAACUGUCGCAGAUUUCGCUAUCUGGGGUGCAAUCAAGUCAUCACCACUCGCUCUUGGUAUCCUCAAGAAGAACCAACAUCUCAACGUCGUUAGAUUUUUGGCUUUCUUCGACACACUCUGUCAAUCAUCAUUGCAAACACUCGCAGCAUCAAAGUCUAAGAAAGCUUCUUCUAAGCAAGCUGCAGGUGGUUUCAACAUGGGAUUGAAGAACGCAGAGCAAGGCAAAGUUGUUACUCGUUUCCCACCAGAACCAUCUGGAUAUCUCCACAUUGGACACGUUAAAGCAGCCAUGUUGAACGACUACUUUGCUAAAAUGUACAAUGGUACACUUAGAAUCAGACUUGAUGACACAAACCCAGUCAAGGAGGAUCAAGAAUACCAAGACGUCAUUCUCGAAGAUCUCAAAAUGAUGAACAUUGAAUCAAAGUUGAUCACAUUCACUUCAGAUUACUUCCAAUUGCUCUACGAUAAGGCGAUCGAAAUGAUCAAGCUUGGUAAAGCUUAUGCUGAUGAUACACCAGCUGAGGAACUCAAGACAUUAAGACUCAACCGUCAAGCAUCUAAGCAUCGUGACAUGCCAGUCGAAGAGGUUCUUGCACGCUUUGAAGAGAUGUCUAAGGGUACUGAAGAAGGUUCCAGAUGGGUCCUUCGUGCUAAGAUUGACUAUGCAUCUGAUAAUGGUACUUUAAGAGAUCCAAACAUCUACAGAGUCGUGCCACAUGCAGACCACCACCGUACAGGUACACAAUGGAAGGUUUACCCACUUUACGAUUUCUGUAUGCCAAUUGUUGAUUCCGUCGAAGGCGUUACACACGCUUUGCGUUCAAAUGAAUACCACGAACGUAACCCACUUUAUAACUGGGUUGUUGACACUCUCGGUAUGCGCAGAGCCGAAAUUUGGGACUUCGGUAGAAUGAACUUCACCUACACACUCUUGUCAAAGCGUAAACUUGGUAAGCUCGUCGAAGCAGGUUCAGUAAAGGGCUGGGAUGACCCACGUUUCGCGACUGUUAGGGGUAUCCUCAGAAGAGGUAUGACUGUUGAAACUCUUCGUGAAUUCAUCUUGUUGCAAGGUCCUUCACAAGCUAUUGUCAAUCUCCAGUGGGACCAAAUUUGGUCAAUGAACAAGCAACGUAUUGACCCAGUCAUCCCUCGUUUCACAGCUUGUGAGAAGAAGAAUGUCGUAAAAGCAACAAUUAAUGGUGCGCCAACUACACCAGAAGUUAAGGAGUUCCCAAGACACGCUAAGAACCCAGAAGUCGGUAAAAAGAACGUUACAUUCUACAACGAAGUAUUGAUCGAUCAAGAGGAUGCUAAAUCAUUCGACGAUGGUGAAGAGGUUACACUCAUGGCUUGGGGUAACGCUAUCCUUAAGUCUAGAGAAUACGACAGCAAUGGUGAUGUAACAUCACUUAACUUCGAUUUACACCUCGAGGGUGACUUCAAGAAGACUAAGAAGAAGAUCACAUGGUUGGCACAACCAGAGAAUAAUGAAUUGGUUGAUGUUAAGUUAAUGGAUUAUGACUAUUUGAUCAACAAGCCACGUCUUGAAGAGAGCGACAAUCUCGAAGAAUUCUUGACACCAGUUACUGAGUUCAUUACAGAGGCUAUUGCAGAUGCUAACGUCAAGACACUCAAAAAGGGUGACAGAUUCCAAUUCGAAAGAAAGGGAUACUUCAUCGUUGAUGCUGUCAACGCCGACGGUUCAUUCGACAUGAUCAAGAUUCCAGAUGGUAGAGUUGCUUCAACUAUCUCCAAGGGUGAUGAGAAGGCUCAAGCUAAGGCAGCAGCUCAACCAAAGAGAGACAAGAGAGAGAAGAACAAGCAACCAGUCAAGGGAGGUAACGCACCAUCAAUAACUGAUAGCGCACCUACCCAAGCAAUGGAAUAUCUCUCCUUGAGUGAGAAAAGUGAAGGAUUUGAGAUCCCAGUAAAGUCAAAAAUGUACAACGUUGGUAGCAUCUAUGGAGAGGGAAAGUUAGAGACACCAGUAAAGACAGAAAUGUUUGCAGUUGAUCCAAUCUACAAAAAGUAA